GACUGCUUUGGCUGGACCGGCUGUUUCGAAUUAGCACAUGUAAAGUGGGCCUGGUGACCUCCGUGGAGCAGAUAGAGCCACGCGACCAGGUUGGCUCGUCAUUCGCCUCUCUUUGCACACAAGCUCGGCGCGGCGGCUGCUAUGUUAUUUCAGAGAGGCGCACCGCGGUGGCGAUUCCCCGCCGGCGAGAUGUCGACCAACGGCCUCGACCUCGACGGGACGAGGGGAGCACACAUCGCCGGAUGGAAUUGUACUGUGUUCCCAGUGAAAUCCCAGGAUUCCAUGAGUGCGCCGGCUCUAGAGACGGAGAAGGCCGGCGAAGCUCAGGAAGCUGGAGAUGGGCAGAGAUACGAGGUGUGCUGUGUGCUCUGAAGCUACUAGCGGCUGGACAACGAGGGUGAGGCUUGGCAAAGCACCUGACGAAAUGUCGACAGACGACCUCGAGCUCGACGGGAGGGGGGGAAUGGGCAGAGAUACGAGGUGUGCUCUGAAGCUACUCGCGGCUGGACAAGGAGAACAUAUCGCCUUGGCCCGUCCGGUGGAGUUGCAGGCUUCUCUUCGCAUCGCCGGUGGGGAAGCCGUGCCAAGGAACCAGGCAUUUGAAAAAAUUGCAGAUUUGUUCUACGGGCCAAGAAAAAAUUGUGUGUAGAUUUUGCCUGCAAGUAUUGAUUCUCAUGUCAGUUAUGUGAAUGCAUCUUGGACUGUUUCAAUUCAUGUAUGUGCUGCCAUGACUGAAUGUGUAUGUUCUUUUUUUUUUCUGUUGUUUCCAGCUGUUAAUGGGCUUGACCGAAUGGAUUUGCAGUUGUCAUUUGUUUUGAUCAGUAGUGUGUCAUUGUUUGUUCCUAGUUUUGGGAAUUCUGCUUCAUAAGUAACUCUACUGACAUUUUUCUGAAGAACACCGCAUGAAGUGUGUUCAUGCCUUUUUUAUGAUUAAAUGAUAAGCUAACUUUAGCCAGUUUUCUGGUGAUUAAUAUGUUAAUUUCGGUAGAUAACUAAGCUGUGUGGAGAAAUAAAUAUCCUCCUUUGCCAACUUCUUGUAAAUUAAAUUAGUUGUAAAACUCAUGUGACCCAAUGUAUUCAUGAUACGCUUGCGUGAUCAUUGAACCAUGUCAUGUUAUUUGGCAUAGUGGGACUUCGAAUUUUGAUGAAACUCAUUGUUUCCAUGACUUGUUGGUUGACUGGUCUAUUCCAGUUCAGUACUCUGUUUGUCAAGGAGGAUAAAUGAAUAAAAUUUUGUUCCUGAUCAGAACCAUGUUGAUAUGGACUGUGUCCUGAACCCUGAUGUAGAAGGUGUUUAAUCCGAUGCAAUUUCCUAUUGUUGCGAUCCUAUAGUAUUGCCUUCUGGCCAAUUCAGCAAUUUCCCUGGUUGAAGCUGCUCAAGCUCUGUUUCUUUGGUUGUUGUUCCCUGUCAGCGAUCCAUUUGACUCACUAGAGCGUAUGUUUGUAAUUAUUAUAAAGGAUUUGUACCGUUUGUGAACCAUAUCAAAUUACUAAGUUGGGUGAUGGGUAUUCCAAUUAUGGUUGCUAGUUCUGUAUGUAGAACAUGAUCUGUGUAUUAGUCAAAACCAGCACAUGCUGUGUGUUAGCUUAAGUUAUUUUGUCAAAAUGUGUCGAUUUUUAAGGCAGUUAUAGUAAUAAUGGUUUGUGUUG